AUGGCUACGACCGACUCCAUUCAUGCGCAUCUGCAGGCAAACACGAGCAAAGAUAGCGAUGAAUCUGCGAAGCCGUUCAACAGGGUUGUAUUCUUCAUAUCCCGUGAAAGCGGAAUCAGCGACGCUGAUUACGAGCGCACCCGGCAAGAACUUCUCACCGGCGGCGCAACCGAAGCCAAACUCACCGUCGAGCCGGAAGGUAAUCGCCGGACGCUACUCGACUUUCUUGAUCUGACGCAUAUAAUUGCAAACAACAUUGAUUUCCCGGAAUACCUCGAGGCCGACGAGCGCAUGAUCAACGUCGUCAAGUCAGCAUGGGUGCACAAGUCUUCUAACCAGCGGCGGUCGCUGCCGCUGCGCAUGUUUUCGCCGAAUCCGAGGUUUUUCUUUUCUGAUGUUAGUAUCGUCGCCGUGGGUUUGCCCGCGUCUGAGGUCGAGGCGAUCUACGGAGGCGUGCAGGCGUUGGGUGGGCAGUGGAGUACUUCGAUCUCCAGGUUCACGACUCACAUCGUCACGCCGUCGAUCGACAACCCUGGCUUCAAAGAGAUUGCCUCGCAGCUGGCAAAGCGACCGUCGGUGAAGAUCGUGCUGCCGCAUUGGGUGGACUACUGUCUGAAGCUUCACCGGCAUAUCAAAGAAGACAUGUUCCUCUUCCCCGACCCUCCGAUCUGGAACCGCGGCGACGGCCCGCUCUCAGCGGCAAAGAAAAGCAGAUCAGACCUGUUUUACAUCCACCCCGGCCACAUUGAGGAAGAAGACGCGCGCGCGCUCAGACUGCCUGAAGCGCGCGAGAGCUCGGUGUUUCGCGGAAAGAAGUUUUAUCUGGCGCAGGAUUUGAAUCUGUCGGAGCAUUUCAAGAUGAUUGUCGGCACGAUGAUUCGCACGGCGUCUGGAGAGGUGGUUGAUAUUCUUGAGGACGCAAAUGUGUAUCUUGGGCGCUGGCGGGCGGGUGAGGAUUAUAUAAAGGCCAGUCGAUCACAUAUCUUCGUCGGCUCUCUCCUCUGGCUCUACUGGAUGAUUGCGCACGACACCUGGAAGAUGCCGCUACGCCAUUUACUGCAUUACCCGGUCCCGCGAGACCCGAUCCCGGAGAUGAAAGGGUUCAAAAUCAGCGUCUCGGGGUUCACGGGCGAGUCCAGGCUUUACGUCGAGCGGUUGAUUUUGGGAAUGGGGGCGGAGUAUACGAGGACGCUGAGGCAGGAUACUACGCAUUUGAUUAUUGCCCGAACGGCAAACAGUACGAAAUACGAAGCGGCGUUGGAAUGGGGCACGGUACAUAUCCUCAACCACCUCUGGUUAGAAGAUUCCUACGUCAGAUGGGAAUGCCAGCGCGUUUCGAAUCCGCGGUAUACGACCUUCCCCGCAAAGAUGAAUCUCAUGGAUGUAAUUGGGCAGACACGUCUUGACGUGCACGAGCUUAUGCGGUUUUACGAGCCGGAGGAGGGCGAGGAAGGGGUUGUUGAGGAGUCGGUGGAGAAGGAGAAGGAGGAAGAAGCGAAGGAUGUUGUGAUUAAUAAUGAAAAGGCGCAGGCGGAGUCGUCGCCGACGUCGAAGCGGACGUUGUUGCAGAUUGAUAAUAACGUCGGCACGCCAAAGCCUGCAAUCUCGAAAACGGCCGAGAGGUCAGAGACGCCGAGUGCUGAUCCGUCUGAAUCUGCGUCAUCGACGAAAGCUACGCCGACACCUGCCCGGAAAUCCAAAGCGGUGUCUGAGAACGAGCCUCGCGCGACGCCGGCGACGGAAACACCGACCUCCUCACCCUUUCCGAGCGGACGGCGUGCCGCAAAAGAUAAAGCUGCGGUGAAACUGAAGGGCGAUAUGGAGCAGCUGAAUGACUAUGAGAAGCAGAAGAAGAAGAAACACGGCGGGUUAGUUGAGAUUCCUGAGCUCGAGAGCGGGGAUAGUGUUGCCGAGCCGGCGGUUGCGUCCGGGGGAAAGAAGAGGAAGAGCGAAGAGGGAGGGGAGAGUACUUUGGCAAAGAAGAAAGCAAAGGGGGUGACGAAGGAGAGAUCGGUAUCGAAGGAGCCGCGGAUAAAGGUCUUGUUGACUGGAUAUGGUGAUAUCUCCUCCCACGAUGCACAGACCCUCCUCUCGUUAAACAUCGAGGUAGUAGAAGACCCAAAAAUCGCGACCCACGUCGCCUCCCCCAAACUGCUCCGCACCGAGAAAUUCCUCUGCGCGAUCGCCCACGGCCCGACCAUCAUCUCGACCGACUUCAUCAAAGACACGCUCGCGCGGCAAAAGCCGCUCGACGCGAACAAGUACCUGUUAAAAGACAAGGAAGGCGAGAAGCGCAACAAGUGCGUGCUAGCCGAGACGCUGGCGCGGGCGAAAAAGUUGGACGGCGCGGGGGUGUUUUGCGGGAUGGCGAUAAACGUGACGCCGGGGGUGAAAGGCGGGGCGGAGACGAUUCGGCGGAUAGUGUUGGCGAACGGGGGAUGUGUAGUGUGA